UAUGCACAUUUUAACAUCACCGGAAGUCUCUGUUGUUGACGCUAGUGAUCGAAUAGCGUGCGUUUGAUCCAAGAGUUGAAAGGGCUUAAUUUGGACAAAAACUCUUAUUCUCAAUUAACCACAAGAACACUAUCGAAGCCUUCGACACUGGGUUUGGUGGAACUGCGAUCAUGAUUAUCCCAAUCCGCUGCUUCACCUGUGGUAAGGUCGUCGGUAACAAGUGGGAGCCAUAUCUCGGUCUUCUCCAAGCCGAAUAUACUGAGGGUGACGCUCUUGAUGCCCUGGGCUUGAAGAGAUAUUGCUGUCGAAGGAUGCUUCUUUCUCACGUGGAUCUUAUAGAAAAGUUGCUGAAUUAUGCUCCACUAGAAAAAUAAUGGAAGACCCCCCCUGCCUCUUGAAGAUCAACCUGUGACAUUAAUUACAUGGACAGUUUACAUUUUUACAAUAGAUAUUUAAGCAAGAGUAUGACCAGCUUUUGUUGAAUAAAUAACCCUCCCACAAUCA